GAGGCAUGGGCUUUGUCUGAUGAAACUCUUUCUCAUUUGUUACAGAUGUGCAUCUGUUCACUAUACUGCAGAUCUGCCGGCCACAAGCAUUAUUAUCACUUUUCACAAUGAGGCUCGCUCCACUUUGCUCCGCACAGUGAAAAGUGUUCUAAAUCGCACUCCUGCAAAUUUGAUUCAGGAAAUAAUUUUAGUGGAUGAUUUCAGCUUGGAUCCUGAAGACUGCCAGCUACUUACCAGAAUCCCGAAAGUCAAGUGUCUACGCAAUGGACGUCGAGAAGGUCUAAUCCGCUCCCGAGUACGAGGUGCUGAUACAGCCACAGCUGAUAUUCUCACCUUCCUGGAUAGCCACUGUGAAGUGAACAGUGAAUGGUUGCAGCCAAUGCUUCAGAGAGUAAGAGAGGAUUACACUCGGGUGGUGAGUCCUAUCAUUGAUGUCAUCAGCUUGGACAAUUUUGCCUAUCUAGCAGCAUCAGCAGAUUUGAGAGGAGGAUUUGACUGGAGUCUUCAUUUUAAAUGGGAACAGAUUCCCAUUGAGCAAAAGUUGUCACGGACAGACCCUACCCAAUCUAUUAGAACACCUGUCAUAGCAGGAGGAAUCUUUGUGAUCAAUAAGUCUUGGUUUAACCAUCUUGGAAAAUAUGACGCACAGAUGGAUAUCUGGGGAGGAGAGAAUUUCGAGCUUUCUUUCCGUGUCUGGAUGUGUGGAGGUAGCUUGGAGAUUGUCCCCUGCAGUCGAGUGGGUCACGUUUUCAGAAAACGCCAUCCGUAUGACUUCCCUGAGGGCAAUGCAUUAACCUAUAUCAAAAAUACCAAACGUACAGCAGAGGUAUGGAUGGAUGAAUACAAACAGUAUUAUUAUGAAGCCAGACCUUCUGCCAUUGGAAAGUCAUUCGGAAGUAUUGCAGACCGAGUGGAACGACGCAGGAAGCUGAAUUGUAAAUCCUUUCAAUGGUAUUUGGAGAAUGUCUAUCCGGAACUCAAAGUCCCAGAAAAGGAACUGAUUCCAGGGAUCAUCAAGCAAGGAGCAAAUUGUUUGGAAUCUCAAGGCCAGGAUACAGCAGGAAAUUCUCUAGCUGGGAUUGGAAGCUGUAAAGGGUCAGUGAACAACCCUGUUGCUACUCAGGAGUGGAUUUUCAGUGACCCUUUAAUCAGACAGCAGGACAAGUGUCUCUCAAUCACCUCCUUUUCCACUGGCUCACAAGUCACAAUCGAGGCAUGCAACCAGAAAGAUGGCAGACAGAAAUGGAAGAUGAAAGGUAGCUUCAUCCAACAUUUUGUCAGUGGCCUUUGCUUAGAAAAUGAGUCCAGCAGAUUAGUGACCAACAUCUGUCAGUCGGAUAUUCUGGGUCAACAGUGGGAGCUGAUCCAAGCGACAUGAUGGUUGCCCAGCAUCUUUUGGUUCUGAUACCUUUUGCAUGAGACUCUGGGAACAGAAGGGGCUAGGGAGGGGUAUGAAUUCUGGUUUUCCUUAAACCUAAAUGUUUUGACUAUGAUCCUCAGCCAAUAACCAUUUCAGAUGAAAUGUCAUUGUUUUUGGAUUUAUGUUAAAGAAGAAGUCGAAGUUGUAUGGCAACAUCAGUCGAAAUGACCCAUCUUGUCCCACUUUGAGUAACAGUGGGAACUGGGUGUGGAAGAAUCUGUCUCAGUAACCAGUAUGUGUUUAAGCCUGAUUGAUAGCAGUUCCCUUCCCUUCCUUUGUCUCCAGAGAAACCUGUGGUCUAUGAUCCCAUGGAGUUGCUGUCUGUGACUAAUAGGCUCAAUGUAAACUCCUGAUGCUUUCAGACAUGUCACCUCUCAUUUUGCAUGUGUGUCAUACUGUUUGAUUUAUGGAAAGGAUGGUAAGAAAAGGGGACAGACUAG